AUGGAUACAUUUUUAUCGCGAACACAUUCCUACCAGUUAUUCUCGGUCGCGAUCAAGCGCGUCGUCAGUAAACCCGUUCCCUCAACCGCAAAGUGGGUACCCAGAAUAUCGACCACGCGAUGCAGGCUCAUGUCGACAGCAGUAGGCCAGGUUAUCGACCUCCCCGACGGUAGGCGUCUCGGCUAUCAUGAGUUCGGUGAUCCUACGGGAACUCCAGUAAUUUACAUCCAUGGAACACCGGAUUCGGGAGUCACGCUCUCUGGGUUCGAAGACCCUCUCGCGAAACGGCUUGGCGUCCGCUGGAUUGCCCCAGAUCGUCCGGGUAUUGGGAAUUCCACAUUUUAUCCGCACCGUAGAGUCUUGGACUAUCCAGCCGAUCUGAGAACUUUGAUUCAGCAUCUCGAGCUUCCCAACUAUCGCAUUAUUGGAACGAGUGGAGGUACUGGCUAUACUCUUGCAUGCGCACAAGCAUUGCCUAGAGAGGAACUUCUAAUGGUCAGUAUAUGCGCUGGUGUCGGGCCCUGGGAAGCUGGUCAGGCUGGUCAGAGUGAGCUCAUUCAGAAACUCAUUAUGGUAUGGAAAGACCAGAACGAAGACUUCGUAAAGUACAUGGAAGGCAUCUUUCUCGCUGCAGCACAAGAUCCCGACCCGACCAAAAUGGAGGCAGUCUGGAGAGAACAGAUCAAGGUUUUCGAACCAAAAGAUCGAGAAGUUCUAGAGAAACCAAACGCCUUCCAGUCUGCUAUCAGAGUUUUCAGACAAGUCUAUGCCCAAGGAGGGGUGGGCCAUGGCCGGGAGAUGAAGCUCAACACUGAACCUUGGGGUUUCAACGUGGAAGACAUCGACUACGAGGGUAUCAGAUUGUGGUAUGGGUCUGCAGACGAGAAUACUUCACCAGAAAUGGGACGAUACAUGGCAGGGAGGCUACCAAAGGCGGUCUACAAGGAGUAUCCGGGGGAGACGCACUAUACUAUUUGGAGAGAAGAACUGGUGACGGAAUUUCUAAAGGACCUGCUGGGUUGAAAGAACAAACGCCUUCCUGAUGAGGUUUCUGGUAGCGGUGUGUCACAGCAAUUAUAUGUUUUUGGUAGAUACAAGUCAUCAAAGGACGCGAAAUCGGAAC